AUGGUGAUGAACCCAUUAACAGCAACUCUUCUUGCCGCUAUUAUUGGCACUGUAGCCUCUGCUUCAUGCGGUUCUUCUGGAAUUCCAUUCAGAUUUGAAGUUCUUCCUUCGGGACAACCAGUACUCGGAUGUGGUUCACCGACUUGUUUUGGUUCUGAAAAUGGAGGAAAAGAUUUGAGACAUGACUCGAAUUUUAUGGCCGGUCCAGACGGUGACGAUGGAUUCUUCCGUGAGGGAGAUCUAGCUCGUGUUCGUGUCCGUAACUCCGAUGCUCCAGCUCAAAUGGCCAAUUGUCCACGUGAAUUCUCCUCCUCAUCUUGCUCGAAUCCAAUGACGUGGGUUGGAGGAUUCAAGGCCAGUGAGAGUGGAGAUCUUUCCCUCCAAUGCUGUCACUACGAAGGACUUCGUUUCGCCCAAGAAGUCGGGCGUCCAGUUGUUCAUGCAGGAGAAGUGUAUUCUGGAGGAGAGGUACUUCGUGAUGGUCGUCAAACUGGAUUCGAUGCGAUUUCCAAUGUGAAGAAGAUCACUUCUGGAAACGGAGAUGUUGCCUAUGAACUCACUGUCACUCGUAUGAACUGUCUCCCAAAUCCAGCUGAAGAUAGCAAUGAAGUCUCAUUUGAUAUCCAGAGAGAUAUCGGAAGAAUCCUCGAGAAAGUCGGAGAAACUGCUGCAAGUGGAGUCCAAACCAACCAAAUCGAAGCUGAUCAACGUCUUUCUCCAUCAACUGAUGUUCAAUCUGAUUCUUAUGUUACUCCAACUGAAUCUGAUCCACAAGAAACGGUUGAACAAUUCGUUCAAGUCGGAGAACAAGUCGUUCCAGUCACAUCUGCCGGAUAUUAUUACCCAGUUGCUUCUGGAGUUCCAGCGUGUUUCACUGGAGACGCAAAGGUCAUGACCCCAUCUGGAGAGAAGGAAAUGCGUGAUGUUCGUGUUGGAGAUCUCGUUUUGACUUCUGAAUAUGGAAAGAUGGUGUACACAAGAGUUUCCUCAUGGCUUCACAGACUUCCAGAAACCAAGGCUGCAUUCAUUAAAUUGACAACUGAUCAUGGACCAGAAGUCUCCAUGACUCCACAACAUUUCAUCUAUAAGGCUGAUUGCGUUACCGAGGAGUUGGAUCUUGUCUAUGCAGAAGAUAUAAAUAAGGGAGAUUGUGUUAUGGUAAAGGAAACAGAAAAGAAUCUUAUCAUGACAGUUGUCACUGCCAAAUCUACAUUCUACGAGACGGGAGUGUACGCUCCAAUGACUGAAACUGGAGAUUUGAUCGUCGACGACGUCUACGCCUCCUGCCACAACGUCAUCAAGACCAACACUUUGUCUCAUACUUUCCUCAACUUGGCCACUGCAAUGCAACAAAAAGUCCGUUCGAUUCUUGGAUUCUUCGAGGAAACUGGUCAUCUCCCAGCCUCUUCUGAAUUCUUCCUUAAUAUUAUUGAUGUUCUUUUGCCACAUAAGUACUAG